GCUCGAGUUCAAUAUGGAGAAGUUUCAUAUGGUCGUAGUUGUUAUCAUGGUGUCUCCAGCGAUCGCAAAAGGUGUGCCUUUGCCGAUUGGUGUCUGGCCGUUAAAUGUCGGCACCAGGGGGCUGGACAUGUCUUCAUCAGGGAACGAUGUGACCGAGACGACCCUGACCUUUGCAAAAGGACCUGAAGGAGAAGACGGCACCGCAACUCAAUUUGCGAAGGGGCAAUUUCUUAUCAUCGAGAAGCGGGCGAAGACAAUAGGAGGAAUGAGUUUUAGUUUUAUGCUGCAGCUUUACCCAGUGAAUGAAGAAACCAUUUAUUUAUUUGAUUAUCGCCCUGGCGGUAACGGGGAAUAUGAUCACUUUGCCGUUGUUAACGGAGAGGUUUACAUGAAACUAUUUGAAAAAGGCACAGGGUCGUUGAUUAUUGGUGGUCACUACUCGUCAUUACCAAAGCCAACACUGAAUCAAUGGAGCUUCGUCGCCAUCACCUACGACUUCGACACCAUGACGUCACUUGCCUGUGUGAAUGCGGUCUGCGUAACAAAGGAGGCAAACUCUGGAUUUGUGCAGGGAACGGAACAUACUCCUGAUGGUGAUGUCAGGAUAGGAACUCAUGAAAAUAUCGGCACGAGAAUGGCCUGUAUAAGGCUCUACGAUGUUGCGCUUGCAAAGGAGGACAUCUUGGAACGAAUGAAAUACUAUCGCAAAUGCAGUAUUUCUAACGGACUAGGCUUCAAGUUGUUUCAAGCAGUCCAACCCAUGCCACUCGCUGACUCAUGGGUUGUGCCGAACGUCUACUUUAUUGAUGAUUGCUAUAUUUCGUGUCUGAGGAAUCUGAAAUGCUGUGCCAUCAGUAACGCGAUCAUUGGAACAUGCCGGGUAGGAGUCUACAAAAACAACACUAUGCUGACAUCGGGAAACGAGAAUGCCUACGUUGUGAGGUAUCUUUAAAUGAAUAUACAUGUAGUUUCAGUCAGUGAGUUCCAAUUUCACGAACUGGGAUACUGACCCGAGAUACCUUUUCUUUUAAGAUUUUAAUUUUCGCUAUCGUGGGAAAUUGGUAACAUUCUAUACACAUGCAUAUUACAAAACUAAAAAGAAGAAAGGAUUCACUUUCGUGAUAAAAGGAUUACUCGUAUAAAGAGAGAUGGAAUCGAAAUAUCAAGACUGCGUGUUGAUACAAACAAUUCUUUUUCGGAAAAAAUCCCAAUCACCUCGAAAUACAAUGAACGUUUAACAAAAAAGUGAGAAAAGUAUACACUGUGCUUACACUACAGCUAGUUAUAACCACGCUUAUGAACCUUUCAUGCACUGCGAGAUGGAGUUUAGAACUGUUUCUGCUUGUUUAUCUAUUUUACAUGUACUUGUUUGUGAAUAAUCAUGUCUGGUUCAAAUGGUCUUUUUGAAGGAGGCUCGGAGUAGGGACCUCCACACGGUCGAAAAUACUUUCUUAUAUUACCAUAUCUUUAUUCCAAACCAUCAAUCGACUAAUACUUCAUGUUCAUACAGUUUUACGUCAAUAUGAUAUCAAGUUGUUUUAUUUCAAACAGUGCCAACAAUAUUAAUAAGGCUUUGAGUAGGCCUAU